AUGGAGUCUGGUGAGGUAGCUCUUGUCUCUUGGUCAGCUGUUUCCGCUCGAGUGAAAAUGCUUGAUGGGGAGAGAUUUGCCUUGGGUUCGCUUUCCGGGAAGAAUUCGAUCCCAAGUGACAUUGAAUCAGUUGGGGGUAUAAGCGCUGCUAUUUCAGCAGUUGGUGUUGGAGGACUGAAUGCCAGUCGAAAGGCGCAUCUAUGA